AUGGCAGCUCUCUGGGGCACGGGGCCAGCGCGUCUAGCCAGCUCGAAGUGCCACGACUUCACAGCCGACCACGGACCCAGCGGAGCAUUUUACCCUCAAUCCAUCUCCUUUGAAGCACGCAGACGUAGCCUUAUCAACAGCGCAGUUUACCAAAACCAAAUGAUGGAUAUCUAUGACCCCCAGACACUUGGGAUUAUGGUAUUUGGUGGAUUCAUGGUGAUCUCAGCUGUCGGGAUCGCCCUUGUUUCCACCUUCUCGAUGAAGGAAACGUCCUAUGAGGAGGCUCUGGCUAAACAGCGCAGAGAGUUGGGUAAGGUACAGUCUGUCCGCUCUGACAAGAAGAAAAAGGACAAAGUGUCUGAGAAGAAGAGCCGUGGGAAGAAGAAGGAAGAAAAGCCCAAUGGAAAGAUCCCAGAGCAGGAGAAGACUGAUGAGGCUGCAGAGGCCGACUCUGAAGCUGACCCGGUCACUGAGCCAGCUGCUGCCACCCCAGAUGUGGCUGCUGCCCCCACCCCCGAGCCGGCCCCUGCUGCUGUUGAGGUCAAACCGGCCGCAGACGCCCAUCCCAAAGCUGCAGCUGAACCCAGCCCCGCGGCAGAGCCCUCACCGGUGCCCUCGCCCAAAGAGAAAAAGAAGAAGAAGGUGGCUAAGGUGGAGCCAGCUUCGGCACAGCCGGCCCCAGCUGUGUCUGCCGCCCCGGUGAAGACCUCCGCGGCCCCCGUUGUAGCCCAGGCUCCUGCAUCUGCCCCGACCAAAGCACCCGCCCCGUCCUCCGCACCUGCCCAGGCUAAGCCCGCACCCGAGUCAAAGAAGUCGGCUGCUUCAACCAAGAGCCCCCCUGCCCCGGCGUCAGCCCCACCGUCGGCCAAGUCUGCCCCUGCACAAGCUAAAGCUGCGGCUUCCUCUGCCCCCGCCACAGCCAAGUCUGCCCCCGCUCCAACCAAGUCCGCUGCAGCUCCUGCCAAGUCUGCUGCAGCCCCAUCCAAGGCGCCCCCAGUGCUGGAGUCCGUCACCAAAGAGGUCCCAGUGAUGGCCGUACCCCCUGUGGGAUCUCAGCAGGCUUCUGAUGUGGCUACAAAACCACAGGAGCCCAAGAAGAAGGCCUCCAAGAAGAAGGCCGAGCCUGUGGCUGUAGCCGACGCUGCCGACGUGCCGUUGUACCUGCCCUACAAGGCCCUGGUUUCCACCAUCAGCAGCAUGAUGUUCAGUGAAGCAGAGGCGCACAGGCUCAUCGAGAUCCUGUCCGAGAAAGUCGGCAUCAUUCAGGACAUGUGGCACACGGCCACUCAGAAAGGUGAUCCAGUGGCCAUGCUGAAAAAACAGCUGGAGGAGAGGGAGAAACAGCUGGCGGCAGAACAAGAGGAUGCCUCAGCUGUCAAGAACCGCCUCAGAGAGCUCACCAAGGAGCUGUCUGCCGAGAAGUCCAAGGUGGCCAGCGUGGAGACCAGGCUGAGUUCCCAGCUCAGUAAGAGGGAACAAGAAAUGAUCGCCCUGCAGGCUCGCAUGCAGGCUAGUUACCAGGACAAUGUAGCCCAGACCCAGAGGCUUAAUGCGAAGAUCCUGAACCUGCAGGACCAGCUGGAAAAGGGGCCCAAUGCCCAACUGGCUCGCCUGCAGCAGGAGAACUCAAUCCUCCGCGACGCUCUCAACCAAGCCACCAGUCAAGCUGAGAGCAAACAAAAUGCAGAGCUGGCCAAGCUGCGUCAGGAAUGUGCAAAGUUAACCAAGGAGCUUGGAGAGAAGACAGAAAGUCUGCUUGCUGAUGAACAGUUGAAGAAAAGCCUGGAAGCUAAGGUCUCCGCCACUGAGAAGCAGCUCUCAGUGCUGCAGGCCAGCCACUCGGAGUCCGAGCAGGCGUUGCAGAAGAAAUUGGAGGAGGUGUGUGAGGAGCUCAGAACAACUCAGAGUAGAUACAGCAACCUGCAGGCCACGCUGGAGAAGGCUCAGCAGGAGAGCAGCACCCUCUCAGAGAGUCAGGUACGCAUCGGGAAAUUGGAGGCUGAGAUCGGGGAGCGCUCGGCUCAGGUGGAUACCCUCACCGCCCAGCUGGAGGAGACGCAGGCUGAGAAAAACCAGCUCGCACUGCAAGUGGUCUCCAUCAACUCGCUGCUAGAGGCCAGUCAGACCAAACAGGAGGAGGACAAGAAGGAGCUGGCAGAUGGAGCUGAGCUGGAGCAUCUGAAGCUCAGCCUGCAGGAGAAAGACGGCCAGCUGACCGCGCUUCACGAGGAACUGAAGCAGCUGCAGGCAAAGAAGGAAGCCGCCGAGAACACUAUUGUUGAUCUUGAGCAAAAAAACAAGAGUGAGGAUGCCAGCCUCAUCUCAUCACUUGAGAAUGAACUUAAAAACCUCAAAGAGGAGAUGGUGCAACUUAAAACCACAACAACCGAUACCUCCACAGAUCUGACACAGCUGCAGAACAGUCUGAAGGAGAAGGAUGCCCUCGUUGCAUCACUACAAGAGGAGCUGACUGCAGCAAAGGAAAAGCCAGCCUUUAAUGAAGAACAAAAUGAUUUGGUCCAACUGGCAGCUUUUCAAUCUGAAACUAAAGAAUCUCUGCAGAUGCUCUUCCCACACAUACAAGUAGAGACAGAGCAGCCAAACUGGUUACAAGUGUUUACAGAGAAGGCUCGGGAGGCUCUCAGCCAGCAGAGUCAGGAGUCUCAGCCCAGCACAGAGCUGCCGGAGUUGCUUGAGAAACUGAAGGAGUCAGAGGAGAGCCAUGGCACCCUGCAGGCUGAAUGUGAGCAGUACAGGACCGUCCUGGCUGAAACGGAAGGAAUGCUGAAACACUUACAGAAAAGUGUGGAGGAGGAAGAGCUGGUGUGGAAGUCCAAGAUGGCAGACGCAGAGGAACAGUUGAAGGAGGCAAAAUUGUCUCUGUGUCUCCAUCAGGCUUUGCAAAAAGUCAGCAACCUUGAAGCGGAAAACCAAAGUGCACAACAGUUAAAGGAGCAGAUCAUGCUUCUGGAAGCUCAGCUGGAGAAGCAGUCAGACAACCUGGUCAGUUCAGAGGAGGUGGAGCAGCUGAAGCUGCAGCUGACAGAGUAUCAGAACCAGCUACAUGCGGCCCAGAAGGAGGCCCAGGCACACAAGGAGGAGCUCCAACAGGUCAGGGAGCAGCUGGGCGAGAUCACAAAGCGCGCUCAGGGGGAGCAGAACGGCCCCGCCGAGAGCACGCGCACCCAGGUCCAGAACGAGUUGAGUCAGACGACAGAGAAGCUUCAGGGCGAGGCGGCUCAGAAGCAGCAGCUCUCAGAGGAGUUCGAGCAGGUCACUGCCGCCCCAGACGCACUUCCUAUGCUUUUGAGGCUCGUAAGCUCCCAGUGGAUAACACGAGUCUGUGUCGCCCAAUUACAGGCCCAGAAGACGGUAGCAGAACUUCAGGCUCAGCUGGAUCUCUUAAAGGAUUCCGCAGAGGCCCCGCAAUCUGACACUGAAGAUUUAGCUCAGCUAAAAGAGCGCCUGGAUAAGGAGAAGAAGCUGUCCAAAGACCUGGGCCAGGCAGCCACCAAGCUGCAGCAGCUCCUCAAAGCCACUCAGGAGCAGCUGACCAAAGAGAGGGAGACUGUGAGAACACUACAGGAGCACCUGGAGGACAAGGGCGAUUACGUGGAACUGAAGGAAGGAACAUCUGUCUGAGUGCAAUCUCACACUACAAAAAAAAAAAGAAGAAAAAAACCAAACUGCCAAAUAUGCCUUAUAAUUACCAUAGUUAUGCAUUCCAAAAUUAUUUCUUUCUUGUACUGUAGUUGAUUGCAUUUAUUGCAAAUGUAGACAUAAGAUAUUUUGUGUAAUGAACAUUUCAUUCAAAGUACGGUAAGAUGAACGGAGAGAAUCCUGCGGCAAUCUUUACUGAACCCACAUUCCAUCUACAAUUUUGACUGUCAAGUUAUUUAUCCCCUUUCCUUAGAUUCCAAACAUUUCCCCAUAUAGUUCAGUGUUAAAAGGGAAACCGAAUGUGCGUCAAACGUACAUCAACCUGUGCAAUUACUUUGUAUGUCUUUUCUAUGUGGUUGAAUGACGGGAACAUUGUAUGGUUUGUCGAUGCAAAACCUUUAGUGCCUGCUUCCCUCUGUAGCCGGCUGCCAAUAACACACAUCGAAUUUGUAUGAAUGAAUAAACUACAGUGUUAGCACUAUGCAAUUCUGUUAAGUUUGUUUAUGGUUUGUUUUGUGUGAUAUGAAUCCACAUCAUCUUCCUUUACACGUGAGAGUUCAGGUUUUACUCAGGGCUACGACACCUUCGUAUUAACGGUUAAACAUCCGGCAUGUGGAGAAAAAGUGUACAGAGCUGUUUUUGACAGGAAGUGUUACCAUACAGCGACAUCCUGAUACUGCUAUUGAGCGUUCAGAAAAUCUGCACGGCACAGUAAAGUUGCUUAUCUUUCUACAUU